AACAUGAGUAGUGCUUCCACUUUCUCUCUCUCUCAGAAAUGGGCGAUUUCAUAGCAACGCUCUCACUCCCUCUCCUACUCUCUUUCGCUGCCCUCUGCAUCUACCCUUCACCUAUCUCCUCCCUGCCCCUUCCUCGCUUCUCUCCAUCAUCAAAAUAUGCUCCGCGCUUUCUCGGAAAACCCUCUCGCUCUAAUUAUUCCGCUCCUACGUACCAAUACGACACCCGCUACUUCGACCAGAAUCUCGACCAUUUCAGCUUCUCCAAGCUCCCCAAAUUCCGCCAGCGCUACCUCAUAAACACCGAUUACUGGGCCGGCCCCUCCCGCUCCGCCCCCAUCUUCUUCUACUGCGGCAAUGAAGGCGACAUCGAGUGGUUUGCAUCCAAUACUGGCUUCCUGUGGGAGAUCGCUCCUCGUUUCCGCGCCAUGGUUGUUUUCCCUGAGCAUCGAUAUUAUGGAGAGUCGAUGCCCUAUGGGAGUCAGGAGGAGGCGUAUAGGAAUACAUCAACGUUGGCUUAUUUAACUGCUGAGCAAGCCAUUGCUGAUUUUGCUGUCCUGAUCACUGAGCUGAAAAGGAAUUUAUCGGCUCAGGAUUGUCCUGUUGUGCUGUUUGGUGGAUCAUAUGGUGGAAUGUUAGCAGCGUGGAUGCGCCUCAAGUAUCCCCACAUUGCCAUUGGAGCCCUUGCUGCUUCAGCUCCCAUUCUUCAGUUUGAAGAUCUUGUGCCUCCGGAAACAUUUUAUGAUAUUGUUUCCGAUGAUUUUAAGCGUGAAAGUCUUAGCUGCUUCAAUACUAUAAAAAACUCUUGGGAUGUAAUAGAAUCAGAGGGACAGAAAAAGAAUGGGCUUUCAUCCUUGUCUGAAACUUUUCGAUUUUGCAAGAAACUCAAGAGUACUGGUGCUCUUUCUGACUGGCUAUAUUCUGCUUAUAGUUAUUUGGCAAUGACAGAUUACCCAUAUCCUGCUGACUUUGUAAUGCCAUUGCCUGGAAACCCGAUAAAGGAGGUAUGUAGAAGGAUUGACAACUGUCCAGAUGGGACUAGCAUCUUACAACAAAUAUUUGAAGGUGUAAGUGUUUAUUACAACUAUACAGGAACCGUUGACUGCUUUGAUUUGGACGAUGAUCCUCAUGGCAUGGAUGGGUGGAACUGGCAGGCAUGCACUGAGAUGGUCAUGCCAACGGCUACCAGCAAGUACAGCAUGUUUCCAGAAUACAGUUACAAUUACACUUCUUAUGAAGAGUGGUGUCUGGGGGAUUAUCAUGUCAAACCCAGGCCUAACUGGAUAACCACUGAAUUUGGUGGGCAUGGAUUUAAGCAUGCCCUCAAAACCUUCGGGAGCAACAUCAUAUUCUCAAAUGGGUUAUUAGAUCCAUGGAGUGGUGGCAGUGUUCUGGAAGACAUUUCUGAAAGUAUAGUAGCUCUUUUUACGAAAGAAGGAGCACAUCACCUAGAUUUGCGUCCAUCCACGGCCGAAGAUCCCGAUUGGCUAGUGGAGCAAAGGGAAGCUGAAAAAAAAAUCAUCCGAAGCUGGCUAGAUGAGUACUUUGAGAGAAAAAGAGCAGUUCUUGACAUGUGAAAACCUCUUUAUUUAACCUUUUCUCCCCUAUCAAUCUCUCUACUGAAGAACUGUUUCUUUUACUAGCUAUUUUGGCUGAAGGAUCUGGGAAAUAAACUCUGUAUAAUUUCACUAUUCCACGAGUUGGGAAAUGUUAGUACACUAAAAACCACUAUUUAGUCGAAAUAAUGUACAAUUGUGAUUAGUCGUGCGUUUA